AUGGAUCUAGACCACAACGACGUCAUAUCGGAUCUUCUAAAGAAAUGGUUUCUAACAAACAAAGCCGAGUGGAACAAGAACAAACAAGUCACUCCUUACGAACCUUUGCCGACUAUGAAUUCCACCCUGGUUACCGUUGCCCUAAUGGUCAUUGCCCUGUCGUACUCUGAAGGUCGCCGUUUCUUCCAUUUAGCUUCCAAGAGAUGUCUCGAUGCUGAAGGGUGUGGAAACAUAGGUCAAGGAAGUGUGCAAGCUCGAUUAGACCAAACGUGUAGUAAAGCUCAAGAUUGCACCGUGAACAAUACAGAAUGUCGAUAUGGUUCUUGUCAUUGCUUAGGAGGAUUCUACGGGUCGAACUGUGAACGUAUUCAUAAAUACCACACUGUUCAAGUUCACGAAAUUGUCACAAUUGAGGAUCAUCCAUGGGUGAUUGUAAACCAAUCGUGCCUAACCUCAGGAGCUGCUAACGAGUCUUCUUGUCGACACACCCCAUGCUACACCGGCUUUCUAGUUGAUCUAUUGCAAAAGAUCGAUAAACAUGUGGGCGGGAAUCUAGAAAACUGCACAAUCCAAGAAGUUUCCACCUUUGGAAACAAUUCAAACUUGAAUCGAACUUUUACAAAGGACGAUGUCUUCGAAAUUCUCGCUGGAAAUGGAACCGACAUUGGUUUGGCUGCAUUCAGCGGAUUCAGCAUGAAAUACCUUAAAAUACAAACGUCCUACCACUUCAUCUGGAACUUAUUGCGGAAGCCUUCUAAUCGUACGAAUGACGAAAUUGCUAUUGGAUUCCCUAAAGGGUCGAAGGCAGACGACUCGAUAUCUUACGCGUAAGUCCUUUCUUAUCUAGUACGAAUGUCGCAACCUUUAAUUAAACCAUGCAGAGAGUUGGAAUUAUUCCAACAUUGUGAUGAACAGAAAACUCGAUAGUCUAUAUUGCACAUCGCCCUGUUUUGCAAAAACUUUCUCAAUUGUUUUCAACAUUCAAAUUUACAAAUUUCAUUAUUCUUGAAAUGAUACAUUAUCGAGUCAUAUCGGAUCUUCUUAAGAAAUGGUUCAUAACAAAUACCACCCAGUGGAGUAAGGACAAACAACUCACUCCCUAUGAGCCAUUGGUAACGUACUCGUAACAAAAAUAUAUUUUGUUUUAAUUACAUGAAAUCUGUAAGUCGAACAACUUGGGAUAUUUAUAUUUGGUGCAUGAAUUAUAUUUGUAAUGAUUC